AUGUCGCAAUCUUCAUCGUGGCGCUCAACAUUCACGAAUGUGCCUCCCCUGACAAAGUCAGUCUCAACGGCCAUGACCGUCAUGACCGCCCUGGGAAUGGCCCUCCGCUUUAGAGACAGUAUGGCCCUCAUCGGCCACGGUGACGCACCCGCAGACUCGCCCGACUAUCCCGGAAACUCGGAAGAUAUCCUCGUCCCCCUCCUCGCCCUUGUGCCCGGCACCCUAUCGAUUCUGGACAUUUGCCACAGCGUCUUUGUCUUCAACACGGCGACAUUAUUGGGAUGCGGCAAAUAUCUGGAGCGUGCAUGGGGCUCGCGCGAGUUCUUCAAGUUUCUGGCAGUGACCAGCGUAGGCACCAUGCUCGGAAUCUACUUUACCUGCCUAUUCGAAUAUAUUGUCCGCGGUAACGAAGAUCUUUUAUAUGGGACACAGGCAUAUGGAUUGACAGCAGUUUUGGCAGGGUUUCUUGUGGGCUUCAAGCAGCUUGUUCCUGAACACUUGGUGACACUCUGGGGCGCAUUCUCAAUUCGUGUCAAGACAUUGCCAAUGCUGUUUGCAGUGUUCAUGAUCAUUCAGAGUCUUUUGACAAGGAGUCAGACACAGCUUCUCAUGGCUAUCUAUGGAUUGCUCAUCUCAUGGGUGUAUUCCCGCUUUUUCAAGACUCAGGAUGGUGUGCGAGGUGACAGGAGCGAGACGUUUGCUUUCGCUUCAUUCUUCCCCGAAGCUGCCCAACCUCCGGUCAAGGUGGUGUCGAACUUGGUGUUUGGAAUUCUUGUGCGCCUUCAUAUCUGCUCUCCUCUGGGCUUUGGAACGACCUUUCAAAACGAUCUGGAGAACCCCCAAAUGGCUGGCAUGAUUCUUCCCAUGAGCCAGCCAGCCAGUCUCCGUGCCGAAGCCGAACGCAGGAGGGCUCUGGCACUGAAGGCUCUGGAUAUGAGACUGCAUGCAGCGGCGGGCAACAGCGCAAGUUUGCCUGGACUGAGCCAAAAGACAUUCUUGAAUCCUACUGCUUCAGCAAGCAACAACCCCGCCUUGUUCCCUCCUUCAUCCUCGAGUGUAUCUUCAGGAGGACCUUCGGCCUUAACAGCAGCAGCGACGAAUGAAGGCGAGGUUCUGUUUGAGACGUCUGCAUUGGAUGAUGCACCAGAGUCUGGCAGCAGCAGCAGCAGCAGCAAGGAAGAGAAGCCAUAG